AUGGCUGAUCUAACCGAGAUCAUGGCAACUUCAAACGACUACAACGAGCUGCUGUUUGCUUGGAAAGGCUGGAGAGACGCCUCGGGAAAGAAAAUGAGGAGCAACUUCAAGAGAUAUGUGGAGUUGAGCAACAAAGCAGCCAGACUGAAUGGGCACGCUGAUACAGGAGCUUUCUGGAGAUCCCUUUAUGAUUCCAAAACUUUCGAAGCAGAUUUAGAGAAUAUUUACAAUGAGUUGAAGCCCUUAUACCUGCACCUGCACGCAUACGUCAGGAGAGCAUUACACAACAAAUAUGGAGACAAAUAUGUCAACCUCAAGGGUCCAAUCCCAGCCCAUCUCUUGGGGAAUAUGUGGGCCCAAUCAUGGAACAAUGUCUUCAAACUGCUGAUCCCUUACCCCAGUGCCAGCCACGUUGAUGCAACGCCUCAAAUGAUUGCCCAGGGUUGGACACCGAUUAAAAUGUUUAACGAAUCAGAUCAAUUCUUCACAUCGCUUGGCCUCAUUCCGAUGCCAAAGGAAUUCUGGGACAAGUCGAUGCUCGUGAAACCAGCUGACAGGGAGGUUGUUUGCCAUGCAUCAGCCUGGGACUUCUUCAACAAGAAAGAUUUCAGGAUUAAACAGUGCACAGUGGUGAACAUGGAAGACCUGAUAACAGUGCACCAUGAAAUGGGCCACGUUCAAUACUUCCUUCAGUACAAAGACCAGCACAUCUCAUUCCGAGAUGGGGCCAACCCUGGGUUUCAUGAGGCCAUUGGUGAUGUGAUGGCUCUGUCGGUAUCCACUCCCAAACAUCUCCACAGCAUCGGGCUCCUCGACAAGGUGGAAAACAACAAAGGUAACAGCAAUCUCUUUCCUGUGGUGUGUCACUGGGCUGUUGGCCACUGGUGGUCAGCUAUAAGAACUGCACGCAGCCAUUUAGCAUUGACUAACGGUGAGGUGUCCCUUCCUAUGUGGGAUCGGAAGGGUAGUCUCAGGGAGCUGAGGGUUAGGGUUCCGAGCAGACUCUCGGGAAAUGGUAAGCCGACGGUAAGCCCAACAUAUGAGCAGAUCCUAAUGACAGGAGUAGGAGGCAGGGGCAGGAAGGAGCUGAGUCAGAAAGGCCAGCCCCCAAGCGGCUGCCUCCGUUGGGCACGGAGAACACCGCAGUGA